AUGGCAGAGGGAGUACCGGCACCUUCUUCGUCAUUUGCACAGAAAAUGCAUCAAUUGUUGCAAAUCCGUGCGGAGCGACAGCCUCUCGCUGAGGGUUACAUGCGCUGUCCACUAAACCCUACACAUCAAGUCCCCAUCGCCGCCAUAGUAACGCACCUCUCAAAGGCACACCAGCAGGACUCGCUUGACAUUGCACCCGAUGCGAUGUAUGGCGUGAACACGCGCUCCAGGCGCAGUGAAUUCCUUAAAGAACAACUUCAGAGGAUGCAACCUGUGGAUGAAAGUGAUCUUAGCGAGAGCGGUUAUUCUAAUCACCGAAGGAAAAGGUACCGGCGCAGUUCGAGUCAGUCCUACAGUUCUGACAUGGGCUCAUCUUCCUCCUGCUGCUCAAAUGGAAGGAGCAACGUGUCGCGACAGUCGAACUCCUCUCGAAGUAGCGGGAAGCAUCGCCACUAUGAAGAAAGGCCGUACAAUAAUAGAAGGAGGGAGGAGCAGCCUACGCAACGGUCCUUCCAUGGGAAUAACACAACAAACUGGCACGAUCCGUCUAACGUUUUCAAGAGACUCUUGGGUCGUUACCCCUUUGGGGCUUCUAUCAACAAACAGCGUCUUACAGAGUUUUUAAUCUGUUUUGGCCCUUUGCAGUCGUUUAAUUUUUUGGCGAAUGGCACUGAAUUUGUGGUGGAAUUCGAAAGUUCGGUGGCCGCCUCUAAGUGCUUACAAGCCGCCACGCCUAACCUUUUGAUUGACGAUGUUUGUGUGAGAAUGUACCCGGUACCGUUACCAAGCCCCGGAGUUGCACCCGAAUUUUCUUACGGGGGUGCUGAAAUAAUGCGGACCCCUCCACCAUGGCCUGAUGAUGCGGCGCCUCCAACUGUUGUCUCGUCACUUCCAGCGGCGCAGCAGAACCAACCGUGGCCGCCUACUGACAUAACACCUUCCGUUGCAGUUGGGGUUGGAGCUGGGAGCAAAUCAGUUGGUGUCCCUGUGCUGAGUAAUGUGGACGACCUUGUAGAUGCUUUCACAUCAGUCAGCAGCGCACGGAUAACGUCUAACACGGCAAUACUUUCGUGUGCUGUGAGGACGACGUGUGGGAAGAAUGUCACCACAGAGGACAUAUGGAAAGAAUUGUGGCACUUUGGUGAGAUGAGAAACAUUUUAUUGGUGGGGCCGCGUGUUGUAGUGGAAUUCUCGGAUGGCAGGGGUGUGAGGAGGGCAACCCAGGCAAUGGAGUUGGAGCCGGGUAAAUUCAAGUUCUGCAGUUUAUUGGGCGAGGGUGAAGGCCGGUAG